AGCUAUGAAUUCCUACUGUGUCUGCUAGUAAGAGGUUUAACAAAACAUGAGCAAUACAGUGAGCCUGUGAAUUGCUAAGGAGGAGGGAGCCUUAUCAUGAACUCUCAGCCCUCCUGUGCUGGCAAACUGAUUACUUGCCUGAUAUUUCUUAAAAGUGACCAGAGAACUCUGGCUGAAUGUAAAAAAGUAUAGACAGAACAACAUUAGUAGGAUCCAGCUGUUAAUGUAGAUAGGGCAGGAAGGGAUUUUGUUCAUUCUGUACCUAUAUAAAUUCAUAAAAAGUGAAACAAACCUUGGAGAAAUUUAUAAGAAUAAAAAAGGCACCACCCAUACGGAAGCCUCCCCACCAUGGUUCAUUGGACAAGUGAGGAAGAAUUUGCCAUUACUUCUAUAUGGGGGAAUGUGGACGUUCACGAGGAAGGGCAUGACACUUUGACAAGGCUCAUGGUCGUAUAUCCUUGGACAAAGAAGUACUUUUCUUCAUUUGGAAACCUGAGCACUACAAGUACUAUAGCAUCAAAUGACCGGGUGCAGGCCCACGGUGCGAAAGUCUUGACUGCUAUUGGUGAUGCGCUCGUAGAUCUGCCCAACAUCAAACAGAAUCUGACAGAUCUCAGUCGUCUCCAUUCAGAAAUACUCCAUGUAGAUCCAGAAAAUUUUAGGCUUCUUGGGCAGUGUUUAGUUAUUGUACUGGCAGCCAAAUUCGGAGCUGAGAAGUUCAAUGCUGAUGUUCAAGCCGCCUGGCAGAAACUAAUGGGUGUCAUUGCAGCGGGUCUUUCCAAGCAGUAUCAUUAAACAACAGCAGUGCAGUAGUAUGGGCAUUCUUAAACACAAUCAAGUAAGGUGUGCGAAUAAAUUGCUGCAUUAUCAGACAAAUCAGUUCUCAGAGGCUAGUACUGAAGGCAGCGACAUUCAGUGAGGGAGCCAUCUAUGAAUAAAAAUAUACAAGGAUGCUACACUACCUUUUAUGAUGCAUUUGGCCUAUUUUAUUGCUGUCUGGACAUUUACUAGGCCAUGUUGUUAUAAGAGCUAUUUAGUACUUUUCCAUUCUUAACUUGUUCAUAGAUGAGAUAUAUGUUAAUAUCUGUUCAUAGGUGUAAUUAGAAAAUAAAGUUCUUUAUAAAUACA